CGCAGAUGAACACGUACCGUUCGUACGUGACCAUGCUGGCCGAUCCGGUCUCGAAGGACGAGUUGAAGCUGAAGGCCGCUCAAGAAUUGUCGGAGAAUUUUGAGGUCAUCAUGUGUUCUUCCCAGUAUCCGGCAUUUCUUGAUCACAUGAUGAAAAUAUUUUUAAAGAUUCUCCAAGAAGGCGAACCUCACUUCAUAUCGGAAUACAACAUACAGCAAGUUAGGAAAUUGAUCUUAGAAAUGAUACACAGAUUGCCGAGCAACGACCAUCUACGUCCGUACGUGAAACAGAUAUUGAGCCUUAUGUCGAAGCUGUUGGAGACCGACAACGAGGAGAACGUGUUGGUUUGUUUGAGGAUCAUCAUCGAGCUGCACAAACAGUACAAACCGACUUUUAACCCAGAGAUACAAUAUUUUCUACAAUUCGUGAAAUCAGUGUACAGUGAGUUACCAAAGAAUUUGCCAAAAAUAUUCGAGCCUCGUCCACCGUUGAGGGUGAAAGAUUUGUCGGAGAUAAACAUAGAGGCUCUUCUAAAAGAAACUUUCACUAUAACGGCGAUUCAAAGCGAGAAGAAAGCAGCGGAUGGCACUGUCAAACAAAUUUCUUCGCAGUAUAACCUCAUUCCCAAGGCAGUGCUGUCUCUCAAAGUGCUCCAAGAGCUACCGAUCAUCGUGGUGUUGAUGAACCAAUUGUACAAGCAAAACGUACACCAAGACGUCUCGGAUUUCAUUCCCCUAGUGAUAACGACGAUAACACUGCAACCGAGCCCUCAGCACAGAGCAUCGCCAGGAUUCAACAAGGAGGUCUUCGUCGACUUCAUGGGAGCUCAGAUCAAGACAUUAUCUUUCUUAGCGUACGUGAUCCGAAUUUAUCAGGACGUGGUGUCCCAGCACAGUUCCAUAUUGGUGAAAGGUAUCUUAGGUUUGUUCACAUUGUGCCCGAUGGAGGUGGCCCAUUUGCGAAAAGAAUUAGUAAUAGCGUCCAGGCAUAUACUGGCCACCGAUUUACGUAACAAAUUCAUACCGCACAUGGAGUGCUUCUUCGACGAGGACAUAUUCAUCGGCCGAGGAUGGACGACCCACGAGUCUCUUAGACCUUUAGCGUACUCGACCCUCGCGGAUCUGGUUCAUCAUGUCAGAUUACUGUUACCAUUGAGCGACGUUUCCAGAGCCGUGCAUCUGUACAGUAAAAAUUUGCUGGAUCAGAGUCUUCCAACGGCCGUCCAGAUGGUAUCUUGUAAACUGUUGAUGAACCUGGUGGACACCGUCAGGCAAAGAUCCGACGCGGAGAACAGUACCCAAGGCAGGGAGCUACUGAUGAGGAUUCUCCUAGUGUUCGUUUUGAAAUUCAAAACGAUCGCGAAGAUUUAUAUACCGAUUCUACGCAACAAGGCGAAGCAAAUGACUCCUCCUGGCUUGGACAUCAAAACCGAGGACGUCAAGCCGGUCAUCCCUGAUCUGAACGAGGACAAAGAGGCUGGGAAGUCCAAGUUCGGUUUUCCUUCUUCCCAAGCGAUGAGCUUCAACGUGGCCGACUACAGGAACCUGGUGAAGAGUUUAGUGCACGGUGCAAAGGCAAUUACCUCGAACUGCAUCAACUCUAAAACCGGCGAGGUGACACAGUCCAAUCAGUUUCAGUCGAAGGAGACGCUGGUGUACAUCAAGUUGGUGAAAUGGGCAUUGCCAGCGUUAGAUAUUUACACGAUCGGCCCUCCUACCAUCGGAGCCAUCGCACAGCCAGGAAGACCAGCCCAAUCUCAAACGAUUCGCACGAGGGAAGAGAAGGAAGUUCUGGAGCUGUUUGGUAACGUGUUCACGCAAAUGAAUCCUCAGACAUUCCAAGAAAUAUUCUCGACUUCCAUCGACUACAUGGUCGAGAGGAUUUUUAAGAAUUGUGCACUGCAAAUCAUUGGUAGCGCCUUUCUGUCCAGUCCGACGAUAUCGUCUACGUUUGCAACCAUAUUGGUUGAAUACCUACUGGAACGAAUGGGCGACAUGGGCUCGAACGUGGAAAGAAGCAAUUUGUAUUUGAGACUCUUUAAGCUGGUGUUUGGUAGCGUGUCCCUCUUUCCCGCUGAGAAUGAACACAUGUUGAGGCCACACCUGAAUCAGAUAGUCAAUCGGGCAAUAGAAUUGGCGAUGUCAGCGAAGGAACCGUACAACUAUUUUCUUCUGCUUCGUGCUCUGUUCAGAUCAAUCGGAGGCGGUUCUCACGAUCUCCUGUACCAAGAGUUCUUGCCACUGCUUCCGAAUAUGUUGGAAGGUUUGAAUAGACUGCAGUCCGGUCUACACAGGCAACACAUGAAAGAUCUGUUCGUUGAAUUGUGUCUCACGGUGCCGGUAAGGCUCAGUUCCCUCUUGCCUUACCUCCCAAUGCUGAUGGAUCCUCUUGUCUCAGCUCUGAACGGUAGCUACUGUUUAGUCAGUCAAGGAUUACGAACUUUGGAGCUCUGUGUGGACAAUCUUCAACCAGAUUUCCUUUACGAGCACAUACAACCAGUUCGAGCGGACCUGAUGCAAGCACUUUGGCGAACUUUGCACAAUCCAACCGACCAGGCUCACGUGGCUUUCCGAGUUCUGGGUAAGUUCGGUGGAGGAAACAGGAAGAUGAUGAUCGAGCCGCAAAAGCUAGAGUACAAUGAUCGCGAGACCAAUUCACCAGCUGUGGUCGUCUACUUUCAAGAACCCACUAAACCCAUCGAUUUCACGGUGGAGAAGGUUAUCGAGACCGCUUUCAACGCCCUGAAAUCGAACAACACCGACUCGUUUUACCGUAGACAGUGUUGGGAAGUGAUAAGUUGCUACCUUGCUGCUUCAUUGCGACUGGACGAUAAUAAUGCUGUGCUCUACAAACUGUUCAUGCAUCCAGCCUUCAAAGAGGGCAAGAUUCCUCACCAGCAAGGACCUCAUUACAAAUGUCCAGACUCGGUCGCGAGGAAUGUCCAGCAGACUGCUCUGACUGGACUGUUCGUCGCUGCGGAGAUCAAAGAAUUGAGACAUUCUGUGCUAGGUACUGUUGUAUCAAUUGUAAGACAUUACACGAUGGUGGCGAUAGCUCAGCAAUCUGGCCCAUUCUGUCUAACUGGAAGACAAGUACGCAUGCAGGGUCAGGAUCCCCUGGUUCUGAUCGAUGCUCUGGCAGUCAUCAUGGGCCACGAGGAAAAAGAACUUUACAAAUCUGGUCACCUAGCUUUAGUUCUCAUCUUGGAAACCGCGACCAAUAUUCUGGGCUCGAAAGAACGAGCCUGUCAGUUGCCUCUAAUGGAAUAUUUAGCAGAGAAGAUGUGCUCCCUCUGUUACGAACGUGCCUGGUACGCUAAACUGGGUGGCUGUAUAGCGAUCAAGUUCCUUUUCGAACGAAUGGCGACGAAGUGGGUCCUUAAUCAUCUGUUCGUGUUUCUGAAAGCUCUGAUGUUCGUGAUGAUGGAUCUUACCGAAGAAGUGUCCAACGGAGCCAUAGACAUGGCUAAGGCUAACUUGGAAAAGAUGCUGAGGGUAUGCGUGAAUCCUGGAAUACAGGACGGAAAUACUGAACUGAUAGAGGCGCAGAACAAAAGCUUGUAUGAAGUAACUCACGAGUUGGUCAGACAGGUUACGUCGCCUCAUACUUUGGUGCGAAAGCAAGCAAUGUCCUCCUUGCGAUUGCUUGCUGAAAUUCAGAAUAAAACUGUCACCGAAGUGAUGGAACCUCAUAAAGAGGUUCUGGCCGAUAUGAUACCGCCCAAGAAGCAUUUGCUCAGACAUCAACCCGCCAACGCUCAAAUCGGUCUUAUGGAUGGGAACACAUUCUGUACCACGCUGAAUCCUCGACUUUUCACCAUCGAUCUGACAGUGAUGGAACACAAAGUGUUCUUCCAGGAGCUGUUGGCGCUCAGCGAGGCGGAGGAUGCUAACUUGAAUAAACUACCCUGUUACAAAUCCGUCUCGAACCUCAUUCCUCUCCGAAAGUCAGCGUUAAAAGCCCUAGCAGCUUGUCAUUAUAUAGUAGCCUGCAGAGAAAAGAUUUUCGGUGUACUUUACAAAGCUCUGGAGAAACCGAACGCCGAGUUGCAAGAAGCAGCGUUCGAGUGCAUGCAGAAAUUCAUCGCCGGUUUCCAGAUCGACAUGGAGUCCGUUCACGUUAUCAUGCGACCGAUGCUGUUGACUUUAGGCGAUCAUCGUAACCUGAGUCUCAAUUGUGUAAAAAGACUUUCGUAUUUGACUCAACUGUUCCCUAGUACCUUCAGUAUUACCCUUUGCGAGCAAUUGUUGCAGCACUUGAAGAAGCUUUUGGAGAAUCUGAUACAGGCUCAUAAAGGUAUAUCCAAGUCAGGUGAGAACGAACAGAAGAUAGCAACCAUCAUAGGAAUUUUCCACGAGAUCCCUGCAGCUACGCCGAAGUUCAUCGAUGUUCUGUGCAGAUUGGUUCUACAGACAGAGAAGUCGCUGAUGGUUGAAGUAUCCAGCCCGUUUCGCAUACCUUUAAUGAAGUUUUUACUGCGAUACCCGACAGAAACCAUGAAUCUAUAUUCCGAUGUGUUGCACAACAGCACGGCAAGACUGAUAACGACGUUGUUAGCUCACUCUCAAACGAACUCGAACCUGACCCACACCGAAAAAAGCGAGCUUCAACAUCAAGCUAUUAAAAUCAUAGCUAUUCUGAUUAAGUUCGACGAACAGUGGUUGUCCACGCAGACUCAAUUAGUAGGGGCUCUGAAGCAAAUUUGGUGCAACGACGAAUACCAGGCGUUGCAUAAAAAGGUUGAAAGCGUGGACUAUUGCCAUUGGAAGGAACCGAAACUCAUAGUCAAGAUCCUGUUGCAUUAUUUUCGUCACCAUUCGAACGAUAUCGAUUUACUAUUCCAAUUAUUAAGAGCGACUUGUGACAGAUUUAUCCCUGAUUUUCAAUUCUUGAGGGACUUCCUGGAGCACACCGUGGCUCAGGAAUUCACGGUCGAAUGGAAACGUAGUGCUUUCUUCAGGUUCGUCGAUCACUUUCCCACGAACAACCUGUCCCAAGAACUGAAGGCCAAUGUUCUCCAAUUGAUCGUCAUUCCCUGCUUCGCUGUCAGUUUCGAAAGAGGGGAGGGUAUCAAAUUGGUCGGAGGCGCACCAAUGCCCUAUCAAGAUAAUCCAGAGAACGUUGUGUCCGUCUUCAUCAGCAAGAUCAUCGAUCCAGAUAAUCCAUUCGGGUCCGCUGACUGUGUUCGUAUAUCAUUGCUCCAGUUCUCAUGUCUGCUGGUCGAACAGGCCUCGCAGCAUAUCCACGAUGUCACGAACAAAAGGCAGGGCAACAAGCUACGAAGAUUGAUGACGUUCGCGUGGCCCUGCUUGCUUGGAAAGAACUGCGUUGAUCCCACGACUAGAUACCACGGUCACUUGCUUCUGAGUCACAUAAUCGCAAAGUUCGCCAUUCACAAAAGAAUUGUUCUUCAGGUUUUCCAUAGUCUAUUGAAAGCACACGCUUUGGACGCAAGGAACGUUGUGAGACAGGCUUUAGAAAUCCUGACUCCCGCGAUGCCAGUCAGAAUGGAGGAUGGCAACACGAUGCUAACACACUGGACCAAGAAAAUCAUCGUGGAGGAGGGACACUCGAUGCAGCAGCUGUUCCAUAUUCUUCAGUUGGUGGUCAGACACUAUAAAGUGUAUUAUCCAGUCAGACAUCAUUUAGUCCAGCAUAUAGUGAAUUCUAUUCAGAGGCUCGGAUUCAGUCCGACAGCAACGAUAGAGCAUAGAAGGCUCGCUGUCGAGUUGGCGGAAGUGAUAAUAAAGUGGGAGCUUCAUAGGAUCAAAGACGAGGCGGAAAGUGCUGAUUCUGGGGGAAAUAGAGGUGGUCAAGGAUCACUGAAGCGGCCGAUGAACGACGAUCCUACAGGGACCAAACGACUGACUACUCAGGCACCCACUGGGAAUACACCAAUUCCGGUGAUUCUGCCUAGAAUAGAACCAGGAUCCACGAAACCCAUCGAGAGAGCCCAUGCUGAUGCGAUCCUCAACUUUCUGCUGCGUUUGGCUUGUCAGGUGAACGAUGUUACAACUAUUCACGGUAAUCCAGGCGAACAACUCUCUCGACGUUGCGUAGCCUUGUUGAAAAUGGCUUUAAAACCUGACGUCUGGCCCCAGUCCUGUGAUCUGAAACUGGCCUGGCUGGAUAAAGUGUUGGCCAGCGUCGAUAGUGCUCAGCCAAUCUAUGGAAACAUCUGCACUGCUUUGGAAGUCCUCACGUUCUUGCUGGGAGUGAUGAAGAGGGAACAGAUACUCGCGAGUUUCAAAUCUUUGCAACGCGGGAUCGGUGCCUGUAUCGCUAGCAGUAACACGAAAGUCAUUCGGCUGGUUCACGGGUUGCUGUCCAGGUUGAUGACCAUUUUCCCUGCAGAACCGACUUCUUCCACUGUUGCUUCAAAGUACGAAGAAUUGGACACCUUGUACACUACCGUUGGUAAAUUUGUGGUGGAUGGUUUGGCGACUUACGAGAAGAACACAGCAGCUACUCCUAGUACAUUAUUCGGUACCUUGAUGAUGCUGAAGGCAGCUUGUACAAAUAAUCAGAGCUACAUCGAUCGAUUGAUAACUCCGUUCAUGAGAGUUCUCCAUAGAAUGGCCAAAGACCACCUACACUCGACUCAAGCAGAGGCCAAUCCAGUUGGUAGCGAGUUGCUGAUAUUGAGUUUGGACCUCGUGAAAAAUCGAGUGGUGGUGAUGGGCGUGGAGAUGAGAAAAUCGUUCAUAGGGUCGAUUCUGGUCGGAUUGAUCGAGAAAACGCAGGACAUUAAGGUGAUGAAGGCCAUCACGAAAAUGCUGGAGGAAUGGAUGAAGAACAAGAAUCCCAUCGCGAUGAAUCAAGCACCUAGUCUCCGGGAGAAGUCGAUUUUAUUGGUGAAAAUGAUGCAGUACGUGGAGAAACGAUUCCCCGAUGAUUUGGAACUCAACAGACAAUUCUUGGAACUGGUCAACUACAUAUACAGGGACGAAACACUGAAAUCCUCUGAGCUCACCUCUAAAUUGGAGCCAGCAUUCUUGUCAGGUUUACGUUGCGUUCAACCCCAAAUACGAGGAAAGUUCUUCGAGGUGUUCGACGGAUCGAUGAGAAGACGCCUUCACGAUAGACUAUUAUACAUAAUUUGCAGUCAAAGCUGGGACGCGAUCGGUCCCCAUUACUGGAUCAAACAGUGCAUCGAGUUGCUACUCGUCACAGCGAAUUCAAGCACCCAGAUUCAGUUGUCCAAUCAGGACACGUUGCUACCGAGCGUAACCUCUGUGAUCAACAUGACAGACAACGAGGAGCACAAGAAUUACAUAAUAUACAGUUCUGUGAACGAAGAGCCACAGGACAUUUCGGACGUGGUGGAGGUGAAGGAAGAAAUACUGGACAUGGACCUGUCCACUGUUGACUCGUCGACCGUUCCUGAAGAGAUGGCUACCACUGGCAAAGCAACCUUGACGCAGUUCAUCGCGAAGCAGGGUGAAUUCAUCGAGCACGCGAAGAAGAUACGAACGGAGCAAUUGUUACUGGCUGCGGCGCAACUUUGUCACAUGGACACGAACCUGGCGGAACGUGUCUGGCUGGACACUUUCCCAAGGAUCUGGAGUAUCUUGGACGAACAUCAGCAUAAUACUCUGAUAGCGGAAGUGGUACCUUUCAUUUGCAGUGGGACCCACGUUAUUCAGAAGGACUGUCAUCCAAGUGCAAUCGCCACGUUCGUCGAGGCAUUAUCGCACUGCAAUCCCUCGGUGCCCAUGAGGCCAGCUUUGAUGAAGUACCUGGGCAGAUCUCACAAUCUCUGGCACAGGAUGACGCUUAGUUUGGAACAGAUGGCUUUCGACAACGGGAACAAUCAGUUCAAGAUCAAACGGGAGUCAGACUGUUAUGACUUCGAACCCGAUAAUAGUCCUCAUGCUGAGAUUCUGGACUCUUUGUCGGACAUGUACUCGUUAUUGUGCGAGGAGGACAUGUGGUCUGGCCUGUGGCAGAAACACGCGCAUUAUAAGGAGACUCUACAGGCGACAGCGCUCGAGCAACAGGGUUUCUUCGAGCAAGCUCAAGGAGCGUAUGAUGUCGCGAUGACGAAGUUCAAACAGGAUUAUGUGUCGACACCGGCUCCGUUCAAAAUUCAACGGGAGGCUAUGCUCUGGGAACAGCAUUGGAUCAGGUGCGCGAAAGAAUUGAAUCAGUGGGAUUUGUUGUUGGAUUACGGUAGCAAGAAGGCGGAGAAGAAUCCGUUUCUGAUACUGGAGAGCUCUUGGAGAAUUCCCAAUUGGACGAUGAUGAAGGAGGCUCUUGCUCAGGUCGAACACAAUUGUCCGAAGGAGAUGGCUUGGAAGGUGAAUUUAUACCGUGGUUUCCUGGCGAUAUGCAACAGCGAGGAUCAACACCUGAACGCGGUGGAACGAUACGUGGAGCUUGCAUCCGGUCUGUGCAUGCGUGAAUGGCGCCGGCUGCCUCAUAUCGUCAGCCACGUGCAUCUGCCGUUGCUUCAAGCCGCCCAGCAGAUAAUGGAGUUGCAAGAAGCUAUGCAGAUCCAUCAGGGACUGUUGCACGGACGAAGCACGUCGUUGCACGACAUGAAGGCGAUCGUGAAAACCUGGAGGAAUCGUUUGCCGGUGAUAGCCGACGAUCUAAGCCACUGGUCGGACAUCUUCACGUGGCGUCAGCAUCAUUACACGUUCAUUUCGAGUCAUUACGAUUCUCAGCAAGACCAAACGACCAAUCACUCGAUGCUCGGCGUGCACGCAUCGGUUCAGGCGAUCAUUCACUUCGGCAAGAUAGCCAGGAAGCACAAUCUCUGCGGUGUGUGCUUGGAUUCGUUGUCGAGGAUCUACACGAUACCCAGCGUUCCUAUUGUCGACUGCUUCCAAAAAAUCAGACAGCAGGUGAAGUGUUACCUGCAAAUGGCUUCGGUCAGCGGAAAGAACGAAUUACAGGAGGGUCUGGAGGUAAUCGAGUCGACGAACCUUCGGUACUUCACAAAGGAAAUGACUGCAGAAUUCUAUGCGCUGAAAGGGAUGCUACUAUCGCAAAUCGGUCGAUCAGACGAUGCGAAUAAAGCGUUCUCAGCUGCUGUUCAGUUGCACGAUACUUUAGUGAAAGCCUGGGCUCUUUGGGGCGACUACUUGGAACACAUAUUCACGAGAGAUGCUCGUCAGAUAUCCAUUGGAAUCUCAGCGAUCACUUGUUUCCUGCACGCCUGUAGACAUCAAAAUGAGUCCAAGUCGAGAAAGUAUCUGGCCAAAGUCUUGUGGCUUCUCACCUACGACGAUGAUAAAUUCUCUCUGAUGGAGGCUGUGGAUAAAUACGCGGUAGGAGUUCCUCCGAUUCAAUGGCUACCUUGGAUACCUCAACUGUUGAUGUGCCUGGUCCGACACGAGGGCAACGUUAUCCUGAAUCUACUCAGUCAAGUUGGACGGGUCUUCCCGCAGGCGGUGUACUUCUCGAUCAGAACUCUCUAUCUGACACUGAAGAUCGAGCAGCGGGAGAGGUACAAAAGCGCGGAAUUGGCCGCUGGAAAGAAUCAGGAGGGAGUGGAGGGUCGUGGGACAGCGGGGAAUGUUCAACAACAGGGUGUACCGGAAACGGGACCAAUACGAGCCACGCCGCCGAUGUGGAGGUGCUCGAAGAUUAUGCACAUGCAAAGGGACAUUCAUCCUACUAUUCUGUCCAGCUUGGAAGGAAUUGUGGACCAGAUGGUAUGGUUCCGGGAAACGUGGUACGAGGAAGUUCUAAGGCAGCUGAGACAAGGCUUGGCAAAGUGUUACGCGAUAGCGUUCGAGAACCGUGGAGCUGUCAGCGAGGCCACCAUAACACCACACACAUUGAACUUCGUGAAGAAACUAGUCUCGACGUUCGGCAUAGGAAUAGAAAACAUAUCCUCAUCUCAAAACGUGAACAACACAUUUGGCUCAGCGGCUUCAGAAUCCUUGGCGCGCAGGGCACAGGCAACCGUCCAGGAUCCCGUUUUCCAGAAAAUGAAAGGUCAAUUCACUAGCGACUUCGACUUCACCGUGCCAGAGGCGAGGUUGCUGCACAAUUUGAUUAGCAAGCUGAAGAAGUGGAUCAAGAUUCUCGAAGGGAAGACGAAGCAGUUGCCAAAGUCCUUCCUGAUUGAAGAAAAAUGCCGGUUUCUCAGCAACUUCAGCCUAAAGACCGCGGAGGUAGAGCUGCCCGGUGAAUUCCUAUUACCCAAACAUUCACAUUACUACGUGAGGAUAGCAAGGUUCAUGCCAAGAGUUGAAGUUGUUCAACGACACAACACCGCAGCCAGGAGAUUACGGAUUCGCGGCCAUAACGGUCGUCUGUAUCCUUAUCUGGUGGUCAACGACGCUGGGCUAGGGGAUGCAAGACGCGAAGAACGUGUACUGCAGUUGCUAAGAAUGUUGAAUCACUACUUGGCCAAGCAGAAAGAGACCUCCAGGCGAUUCUUACACUUUACCGUACCGCGUGUCGUCGCUGUUUCGCCGCAGAUGCGACUAGUGGAAGACAAUCCUGCCUCGGUUUCGUUAUUGGACAUUUACAAACAAGGCUGUGCAAAACUAGGAAUAGAACACGAUGCACCUAUUGCUAGGUAUUACGAGAGAUUGGCAACGGUACAAGCCAGAGGGGCGCAAGCGAGUCAUCAGGUUUUAAGGGAUAUAUUGAAAGAGGUACAGACGACCAUGGUUGCCAGGACUAUGCUGAAAGACUGGGCAGUGAAGACAUUUCCCGGUGCCACCGAUUAUUGGACCUUUAGAAAAAUGUUCACAUUACAAUUAUCUUUGGCCUGCUUCGCGGAGUACGUGCUCCACCUGACGAGGCUAAACCCAGACAUGAUGUACGUGCAUCAAGAUUCCGGUCUGAUCAACAUCGCCUACUUCAAGUUCGAUGUCGACGACACAUCCGGCGAGCUGGACGCAAACAGGCCAGUUCCAUUCCGACUGACACCGAAUAUUCUUGAAUUCCUUACGAGUACAGGUGUCUCUGGGCCGCUGACUGCCAGCGCCAUUGCCACAGCGCGUUGUCUGGUGCAACCAUCCUUCAAAGUGCACACGAUUCUGCGGGCAAUCUUACGCGACGAGGUGAUUGCGGAUCAUAACAAAAAACAGGAAGACGCGGAGAACGCGUCCCAAACACCGACCGACAUGAAAGGCGAGCUUCUGAUAACAAUGGUCACCCGUGCGGUCACGGCCAUCAUCACCAGAUUAAACUCAUUGGCCAAUUUCGACGGAACCGACAGCAAGGUUAGCACACUGGUGGCCGCAGCCAAUAGCCACGACAAUCUGUGCAGAAUGGAUCCGUCUUGGCACCCAUGGCUGUAAAUUUGUCCUUCGAUAAGCCUAUACGUGCUUCCAUU